AUGGGAAGACUGGCCGACAUCAUGUGGAUUCCAGUAAGCUCCAGCUUUAGCUCGGGUCCGGUCCGCCUUGGCCGAAUCCACUCCUCCGAGGACCAUCCUUCCUGCUACCGAAUCCUCACACUGUCAGGUCCCCGCGCCGCGGAGAGGCGCGCUCCCCUAGCACACGUGCUCACUCGGCCGGCGCGGGAGCAGCUGCAGAGCCCGGGCCUGGGCGGGGGUGGGGGAAGAGACCAUCGGAGCCCGCGCCCUCCCCACUCACCCCUGCUCACCGCACCCCUGCACGGCGGGGAGGGCCCAGCCAGCAGGGCCUUUCAGAGUUAA